CUACAAUGUACUCUAAUGGCCUUCCACGUAUGGGCACUCGACGAUUCGAGGCUUCUAAAAUUGGAGGAUCGUCGUCUUGCCGUCACGUGAAGAUGGCCCCUGAUAGCGUAGCUGACUCGGGUCCCUUCAUACGGUUAUCGAUAACGCCCCGCUGUCGUACAAAGCAACCAUGGCCACCAACAAUGGGGCAUCUAGGCAUUCGGAUUUUUACAUAUCGACAGUCAUCUUCUUGGUGGAAGACUCCUUGUUUAGGGUUCCUAGAGAACCGUUCCAACAAGAGUCAGACGUAUUUUGCGACAUGUUUUCCCUGCCACAGGGUGACGGAAUUAUCGUGGAGGGAUCAAGCGACGAAAUUCCCAUUCAACUUCAUGGAACUAGCAAGGACGAUUUCGAGCAACUGUUGAAAGCUCUUCUCCACAGAAAAUAUGGUUCACAGCCUGAUUUGCCACAAAGUAUCGAGCAGUGGACAUCUGUCCUCAAGCUGUCUACGGCGUGGAGUUUUGAGACGUUGCACCAAGUGUCCAUCAAUGCACUGAUGGAGAGUGGGAUUGGCGCUGUUGAUAGAGCUGUUCUUUCCCAACAGUACGACAUCAAGGGCUGGCUAUUGCCCGCUUUAAAUGAGUGGGCUAAACGACCGGAACCAAUAACUUUGGAGGAAGUAAAUCGGGUGGGCAUUGAUAUCGCGAUCAGACUGGCUUCUGUACGUGAAAGGGUUACCGUAAAAGCCAGCUGCAGCUGUUGCAGGCCCACCCGCAAACCCAAGAAUGAGUACCCGGUUGAUGGUCCCUAUGGCUAUGCUACCCAAGAACGCGACGACAACAAUGGCGUUGCUGUCGGCAGUUGCAGAGACCCCAGAAUGCAAAACUGCGACUUUUCUAAUCAGAUUCGUUCCACAUUCUCUACAUUCGAUUUGUAGACCAUACUUACAAUGUUACGUGGGACGUAAACGAGUCGCUCGUCCCCCGGUUGCAGUAUGGGGCUGUACAUCUGAUGUCCUGAUUUAUACGUAUAUCCUGCACUCCUGUCCCAGAGAUGUUUGAAGAAUCAAUGAACACUACAGUUACC